AUGGCCUCCAACUUUAACGAUAUCGUCAAGCAGGGCUAUGUGAAAAUCCGCAGCAGGAAGCUGGGGAUUUUCAGACGUUGUUGGUUGGUUUUCAAGAAGGCAUCCAGCAAGGGACCCAGGAGGCUCGAAAAAUUUCCAGAUGAAAAGGCAGCUUAUUUCAGAAACUUUCAUAAGGUAACAAAGUUAAAUAAUGAUAAAAACCUGUCCAAACGGCCUAGGAGUACUGAGGAACAUUAGUCUGGCAUCAGUUCCAACAAUAACACCAGUAAGGUGGUACAGUGCUGGGCAUCAAGUCAGUUGGAGGCUGAAGAAUGGUGCAAACAUCUUUGCAUGGAGUGUCUAGGAACCAGGCUAAAUGACAUAAGCCUUGGGGAACCUGAUCUGCUGGCUGCAGGAGUACAGAGGGAACAAAAUGAGCGAUUCAAUGUGUAUCUUAUGCCUACACCAAAUCUCGAUAUUUAUGGGGAAUGCACAAUGCAGAUUACACAUGAAAACAUCUAUCUCUGGGAUAUUCACAAUGCCAAGGUCAAGCUGGUGAUGUGGCCCCUUAGUUCCUUGAGGAGAUAUGGUCGUGACUCAACUUGGUUCACAUUUGAAUCAGGAAGGAGUGACUGGGAUGUCUGGCAAAAUAGUUUUAUUGAUCGCUCUGGUGUCUAA